AUUGCUUCCUCUUCCUCUUCCUCUUUUCUAAACAAAUUCCCCGUAUGGGUCUCACCACUUCCUCUCUUAUAUAUUCUUGAGAUAACUAUGAAGAAGCCAUCUCAAGUCAGAUCCAAUCAUACCCUUUUCUUCUUUCUCUGAUCAAACAAACACAACCAAACGACGAUCCAGCUUCUGUAAUAGCAAGGCAGAAGAAGAGCAAUGGCGAUGUUAGUUGACCCACCAAACGGGAUAAAACAACAAGGGAAACAUUACUACUCCAUGUGGCAAACUCUGUUCGAAAUCGACACUAAGUAUGUUCCCAUCAAACCCAUUGGACGAGGAGCUUACGGUGUGGUCUGUUCUUCGGUUAAUCGUGAGACCAACGAGAGAGUCGCUAUCAAAAAGAUUCACAAUGUGUUUGAGAAUCGAGUUGAUGCUUUGAGGACGUUGAGAGAACUCAAACUUCUUAGGCAUGUGAGGCAUGAGAAUGUGAUCGCGCUUAAAGAUGUUAUGUUGCCCUCUGUUAGAUCAAGUUUCAAAGAUGUUUAUUUGGUCUAUGAGCUCAUGGAUACUGAUCUUCAUCAGAUCAUCAAAUCCUCUCAGUCUCUUUCUGAUGAUCACUGCAAGUACUUCUUGUUUCAGCUGUUAAGAGGGUUGAAGUAUCUUCACUCUGCAAACAUCCUGCACCGAGACUUGAAGCCAGGGAACCUCUUGGUGAACGCUAACUGCGACCUAAAGAUUUGUGACUUUGGGUUAGCAAGAACUAGCCAAGGCAAUGAGCAGUUCAUGACAGAGUAUGUUGUCACACGUUGGUACAGAGCACCUGAGCUACUUCUCUGUUGUGACAACUACGGAACCUCCAUUGAUAUCUGGUCAGUUGGAUGCAUAUUCGCGGAGAUUCUUGGUCGGAAACCGAUUUUCCAGGGGACUGAAUGUCUCAACCAGCUUAAGCUGAUCAUCAAUGUUGUUGGUAGCCAGCAAGAAUCUGAUAUUCGAUUUAUCGAUAACCCGAAAGCUCGAAGGUUCAUCAAGUCUCUUCCUUUCUCGAGGGGUACACAUCUCUCUAAUCUUUACCCACAAGCAAAUCCUUUAGCUAUAGAUUUGCUGCAGAGGAUGCUUGUGUUUGAUCCAACCAAGAGAAUCUCUGUAACGGAUGCACUCUUGCACCCGUACAUGGCGGGUCUGUUUGAUCCUGGAUCUAAUCCACCUGCUCGUGUCCCUAUCGCUCUGGACAUAGAUGAGAACAUGGAGGAACGAAUGAUCAGGGAGAUGAUGUGGGAUGAGAUGCUUUACUACCACCCUGAAGCUGAAACUGCAAAUGUGUAG